UUUACUGAAAUUGUUUUUCACCGUUGAUUACAUAAAGUGUCCCAUGAUUUCGAGAUGACAAUUCCGAGCUCACAGAUCACAAAUGCGUAUGCCCCUAUAUUGUGGCAUUGCUCGUCAAUUCCAUAAUAACGAGUUUGUGUGGAACGAAAGGAAUUUAGAAUUGGGUGUUGCAGCUCAACUUCGUCAUUGUUUUGCGGGCUGUGGGAAUUUGGCUUGUUGAAGUGCAGUAGAGUUACGAGAAUUUGUGAAAUCAGAACCAUCGUCUAAUUUCAAGUGCUGAAAGUUGACUGAUUUAGUUUCACUGGAGUCAAUAGUGUGGGUAUAAAAAGGAAAAGAAUCUGAGGAAUUGGGGAGACAAUGGAUUUGCAUCUGAAGAGUCUGUUCAACAGAUUUCAGGAGCAGUUUGGGUCUGGUCCUGGUCUUGGUCCUGGAUCUGGGACUUGCAUGAUGAGAGUGGAUGGCAUUGCUCCAAAUUUCAUUAAAUCUGUAUACAAAGCUUCUGCGGCUUUGUAUAGAACUGAGCCGUGGAAGAGGCUGCGACCGGGUCACUUGUUUGGCAUCCGGGUUGGGAAAGAUUCGGAUUGGACUGGGAAGAAACAACCUUUUCCAUGUGUUCAGUUCAUUGGAGGGGAUGGAGGGGAUGUUGGAUUCUACAUGUUUAGAUCAGAGAAUGAUGCUAAGAAAAUGUUAGGGUCUAGAGAGACCAUUCACGUUCCAAAUGUCGAGGUUCUGAGGGUGACAUACGAAGUGGAGAAUUUGAUGUUCCCUUCCAACCGGAAGAUGAUUAAGUCUUUGUCAUUGGAAGCAUCAGGAUCUGAUCGAUUUCCUGUUAUUGAUGUUGCUCGAUGCACGCCUUCUGGGGAUCUUCGAUUUAGAAAUCCAACCAUUGAAGAGCUUAGGUUUGUUUAUGCAUUCAUGAAAGCCAUUUCCCUGGUGCACUCCUUACUUCAAGUUGACAGGGAAAGUGGUCCAAAGUAUUCCACAGUGGUGUCUUUUGAACCUUUUAUAGAGACUGUUGAUGUUCAGUGGCCUCCAGAUGUAGCCAAGGGGGGUUAUGACCUUGUUGCUGUUACUGUUUCCCACCCGCCGGGUCAGGCAUAUGAAGAAAGAUCUAGUAGUGCUAGUGCUGGCUCUACUCCCACCAAGUAUGUUGAACCACCUAUGGAAGACACUUUCAAUGACACAAAAGCAUACUCAGGUACUGGCUUGAGACAGUGUGCAAUGUGUGAGAAAGAAGUGCACGGAGAACAGUCUCUUUGCUGUGGGCGGUGUAGAGCAAUUGUUUACUGCAGUUCAAUCUGCCAGAAGCAGCAUUGGAACGACACGCAUAAAAGCAUGUGUGGACUUUACAAAGCCAUGAUGGAGAGGGAAGAAGAGCUGGCUAUAAUGAUUUUUUUGUUCCCAUGUUCUGCUGACCAGCCUUGUAAGUGGCUUGAAUCAUUAGGAAUCCACCAGAAGGGUAUGUGGAGAAGAAAGUGCAGCUGCUAUUCACAUUGCCCUUUUGGUCUCCUUCCUGUGAAAGGUGGGCUACAGGAACUAUGGGGUGGAAUUGACGAAUAUGAAUACCCUCAUGACUCUCCGUUUAAUAACCAUUUCAUCUCAAGUCCAUUUCUUCUCUCUGGUUGGUCCGAGUACUACAACCUUCGCUCACUUCCAUUGUCAAGUCCAGUCGCCGACAUUCUCUCGCAUCCAUUGACUGUGUAUCACAUACUAACUACUCUUAAUAUAAGUUCAAAGAACCUUAUAUUGAAAGGGAAAGAGGUGAUUGUCCACUACCUUGGACCUGAAGGUGAGUUAGAUUGGAUGCCAGCAUUUGCAGAAGUAGGACACUUGCUUAAUGGACUGGGCAAUGUACAAAUAGUGAUGGUGGGACCAGAAGUGCCGACAAAUUUGUCGGGUACAACCUCCGGAAUAGGUAGCAGAGUUAGAGUGAAUCUUGUAAGGGGUGUUUAUCAAGUGGAAGCCUCAUACCUACCUUCUCCACAUGUUGUCAUUGCUCUAAAUUCUAGAUUAGAUAGCUAUACUAGUUGGGGUGGAGCUAUUGAUUUAAUCAAAUCACUGGGGGUGCCUGCUUUCUUCACUGAUCAAUCUGAACUUUCAUGUGUAAAUGCUAAGCAAGUCCUUCGUAACGCUGGAUUGCACAUCACGCAUCCGGUUACUCCAAAUCCUUUCCGGGCCCCUGUGAAAAAUCUCACUGCUUCUUUCAAUCUUCCUUCAUACAGCAAUGGUUUUGUCUUUGGGGUGAAUACUUGAAUGCAGUCUUAAAAAUUCCAAAAAAAAAGUUCAUAUCUACUGUCAAUGUCACGCAUUCUAAGACUGCAACCAAUUUCACAUUUUCUCGGUUGUCAUGCAAUUUGUUGAACAUCACAGCAAACUAGAAUAUCCUUGUCAGAUUUGUUGAAUUAUGUAUAUUGAUUCUGUUUGGCCAGAGCUCUUGUAUUAGUCUCUGAGUUAUGGACACUGAUUUUUAUAUAAUUCGUAUCUUGAGCCUCGGGUGGGCUGAGUUCUUUGGUUGUUUUCCUCUUGUCACAUUGAAGUCUGUAUCAGUUGUUUUGGUAUAGUAGUAAUAUGAUUGUGCUCAACCCCUUGUGACCAAGUUGUUCUGGAAAGAAAUAAAGCAAUGUCAGAAGAGUUAUCCAAUGAAAUUCAUGUUUACACUG